UGCGCCUGCCGCCGCGCCCCGGGCUCCAGACCGCGCGGCCGCCAUGGGGAAUGGGAUGAACAAGAUCCUGCCUGGCCUGUAUAUUGGCAACUUCAAAGAUGCCAGAGAUGCAGAGCAAUUGAGCAAGAACAAGGUGACGCACAUUCUAUCUGUGCACGACAGCGCCAGGCCGAUGCUGGAGGGGGUUAAAUACCUGUGCAUUCCAGCAGCGGAUUCACCAUCUCAAAACCUGACACGACAUUUCAAAGAAAGUAUUAGAUUCAUCCAUGAGUGCCGCCUCCAGGGCGAGGGCUGCCUGGUUCACUGCCUGGCGGGCGUCUCCAGGAGCGUGACCCUGGUGGUCGCUUAUAUCAUGACGGUCACCGACUUCGGCUGGGAGGACGCCCUGCACACCGUGCGCGCAGGCAGGUCGUGUGCGAACCCCAACCUGGGCUUCCAGAGGCAGCUGCAAGAGUUUGAGGAGCUCCAGGUCCACCAGUUUCGCCAGUGGCUGCGGGAGGAGUAUGGAGAAAGCCCGCUGCGGGACGCCGAGGAGGCCAGGAGCAUUCUGGCCGCCCCAGGCAUUCUGAAAUCCUGGUCCUUUCUCAGAAGACCAUAAUGCACCUGAAACAAUGCCAGAGUUUAGGUGCUGCCAGAAGAAAAGCAACCAGAGUUCAGUUUAAGUGUCCAGACCUGAUGUGUGAACGUGCACUUGUGUUGCUCCAUGUUGAGAGCUAUGCACCCUCUUUGACAAGAGAACGAUUUUGACCUAAUUCCUUCUUUGCUGGAAGCUGUGCUGCUCCCAGGCUGUCUCAGGGCCCUGCCGGGCGCACCCUGCUCCUCGGGACUGUCUCCUGGGCUGUGUUUCAUCCAGGGUGUGUGGCCCUCGCCACGUGCACAAGUGCAUGUUGAUAAAGGGGUUGUGAGGCCCCAUGUACCUCCCCGUCCUCAGCCUGGGCGUGGGGCCCACAUGCUUCUGCCAUGGACACCACGAGGCGGGUUUGGGGGCUGCUCUGCUGUAUUUUAAGGCCACUGCCCUCCUCCAGAAGGAGGUGUACUGACAACAGGAGACGAGAACUCCCAUCCCCGAGACAGUGGGUGCCCUGUGAGCAGAGGGAAAUCAGAGAGGGGGUGCCCCGGGCUCCCCAGGGACUUCUCCUCAUUCCAAGCUCGGCUUCAACCCCAGAAUGUUAACUGGUGUGGACAGCAGUUUAAGACAGUUUCCCAGUGUUUUCUCCUCUAACUCGCGGCGGGUGGGGGCGUAGGGGUUGGGUGAGGGAGGAAGGAAAUGGGACUUUUGCUUAAAAGAGAGGUUUGGCUGAAGGGAAGGAGCCGAGGGCUCGUUGGCUGCGGGAGGCUUGGCCAGUGUCCUGAGUGUCCAGUGCCGGCGCGCUCCUGCCACGGGCUCAGAGAGCACCCUGUGCCAGAGCAGGCCUGAAGGGUGUGGGAUGAUGCGUGUUAACAUGCUGAUUCUGACUCGACAGGCCUGCCUGGGGAAUGCACAAGUAGUCCGUGUGUAGGUGCUGGGUCUCAAGGCAUGAGGGUCCCCCAGGAACCACCUGUGGGGAAGUGCAGGGGCAGAGCCUCGGAAGACCCAGGCUGAGCACAGGGCCUGAGGAAACAGCACCAGGGAAGUAGGCUCCUGCUGGGACCCCACUGUUUGUGGCACCAACGGCAGCCACCUGGUAACUGCUGCUCUGCAGGUCGCACACUGCCCCCGCGAAACGUGUAAACCACAGAGCAGGUAUUUCAUUCACUGGAGGCUCAGAGAGGCCAAGGGACACACCAGAAACUACGGAUGUUAGUGUGCUUUGCCUGCACCUGGCCUUCUAGUCCCAAGUCAGCGUCAGGGUGAGAGGGAAGAGGGAGCAGUGCCCCGACCUUUGGUCUCAGGCUUGUGAAGCUGACCCCAGGCCCCGCGGGAGCCGGCCCCGCCGCUGUGUACACUCUGUCCGAGUGCAGCUUCCCACCUGCUCCCCCAGCCUCUUGGGGGUGGUUUGGGGCAUGGUGGGUGGUAGUCAGUUCCUGUCCUCACCGAAAGAUCACGGACAUUUCCAUUGGGAUGGUAUUGACCACACUUAGAUGUUAGAGGUAGAGGCCCUUCCCCAUCGAAGCCCAGAUGGGUGUUUAGUUUACAUGGACGGGGACGGUGACCCACCUGCCUCAAGGCGGAGCAGGCCGUGGCCCUGGCAACUUCCUUAGGCUCCCUUUUCUAUGAUUUCCUCCAAACGAAGGUCUGUCCAGCCUGGUCUUGGAAUCGUGGCCAAUGGUGGAGGAGACCUGCGCUGCUUCUCUUUGUUCGAUCACUUGCUGGUUCACGUGAGAAAUGCUUGUUCAUCCCAGCAGGCGCUCUGGGACCCAGGCAGGAUGCACAGACCCGCCCUGAGUCUCAGAAAUGCUGGUUGGUGGUGACAGUUGGGAAGUCAGCCAUGAGCACUAGAGUGGGUGCUCCUGGGUCUACGUUUGGGGAGGAAACAGGCCAUCCCAGUGCGGGGUAAGGGCCGUGUCCUGGGAAGGCGUCCCAGAGACAGAGGCUGAAGCCGAGUGCGGGAGUUGCUGCAUGCGGGGAGGGGCGUCUGGCGGGGCCGGCACGUGUGCAGGAGCGAGGGCACAGCCACUGUGUGCCCGGGGCGAGCGUGCCGUGCACGGCAGGGAGGGGCAGACAGAGCUGCAGCAGCAGGCUCGGGCCCUCCAUCUGCUCGGUGCUGCCAUGCAGCGACUGGUUGGUUCGACCAUCCCGGGAGCUGGGGGGCUGGGCCCAGCGUGGAGCCUGGCAAACGUGUGGACGCCAUCCUGCGGACGUGGCGAGGGGCUUGCCAGGCGUUC